GGUGUGGCGCGUACCGCUCGAAGUUCAAGGACAAGCACGGCGAAGACGCCGACCCAACCACCGAAGAGUUUGACGUUGAGGUUGCGGUGCUUGCGGGACAAGGCAAGAAGGGUGGCCGCCUAUGGAUUGCUCGGACGGGUUAGUCGACCCAAGUACCAUUCCAUCUCUACGCCAGAUCCGUCGUGGGCGUACGAGCGAGCAGCCUCGGGUAGAGACCCGCCCACGGGCUUCGGACCUAGCUAUCGAGAAGUUACGGGCGGAGAUGGAAGAAAGGGAACGGAGGCACCAAGAGGAGCAGAUGCAGAUGCAGCAGCAGCUUAGGGAGAACAUGCAGAUGCAGCAGCAGAUGUUGCAGCAGAUGCAACAACAGCAGCAGAUGUUCCAGCAGAUGUUCAUGAACCAGACCGUGCUGACUUCACCACCGGGGAGUAGUGGUCCUAGCACGUCGUGUCCUCCUAUGUUCCCACAUUUUAUCCCCACGCCCGAUCCGGCUGUGAUGGCGCUCCUCCAGCAAGCGCCAAGUCAGAGCCCGCUGACACCUGGCUUGACCGUCAACAAUACGGGCAUCAUCCGGAGCCUGCAGCAGUUUCUAGGAGGUGGAGAAGGACAAGGAAGUGGAGGUGGACAAGGAAGUGGAGAAGGACAAGGAAGUGGAGAUGGACAAGGAAGUGGUUAAGGACAAGGAAGAGGCCAAGGUUGAUGUUGCUUGUGUAUGAACUUGUUGUGCAACUUGGAACAUUCUAUGUUGGAGACUUUGAUGUUGAUGUUGCUUGUAUGAACUAAUUAUGCGACUUGGAACUAUUGUAUGGACUUUGUUGGAUAUGAACUAUGUUGUUGAUGAUGCAAUACUCUAUAUAUUGUGCUAU